AUGUGGGCUCACGCCGUUCUGCUUGCGGCGUCCCUGCGCUGCGCGUCGUCGCUCGUCGCGCCGUCGCCGCGGCCGGCGCCGCGGACCGCGGUGUCCGCCGGCGGCGCCUGGGACCUCGAGCUCUUCUCGCCCGCGAAAGUGAACCUGUUCCUGCGCAUCUUGCGGAAGCGCGACGACGGCUUCCACGACCUCGCGUCGCUGUUCCAGGCCGUGGACCUCGGCGACACGCUCGCCUUCGAGGUGCUCGGCGACGGCGCGAAAGCGGACGCGCUCGAGUGCGACGCGCCGGGCUGCCCGCUCGACGCGUCGAAUUUGGUGCUCCGGGCGAUCGCGCUGCUCCGGGCCCGGCUCGAACAUCGCGCGGCCGUGCCCUUCCUGCGCGUGCGCCUCGACAAGCGCACGCCCAUCCAGGCGGGCCUCGGCGGCGGGUCGUCGAACGCGGCGACGGCGCUCUACGCGGCGAACGAGCUCGCGGGCCGCCCCGCGAGCGCCGCGGAGCUCGUCGAGUGGUCCGGCGAGCUCGGCAGCGACAUCACCUUCUUCCUCGGCCCCACGGGCUCCUGCUACUGCACGGGCCGCGGCGAGGUCCUCGAGCCCGUGGACGCGCUGCCCGCGCGCGACCUCGUCGUCCUCCGCGCCGAGUGGUCCGCGUUCAAGAACGUGCUCCAGGACAUGAAGCUGUCGGGCGUCACGCUCGACGAGGGCUACGCGACGCUCCUGGCGAGCAACGGCAUGCCGAACAGCAAGCUCCUCGCGGCCAUCUCGCUCGCCAUCGUGCUGUCGACGGUCUGCUGCGAGCGCGGCUUCUCGACGAUGGCGUGGGUCAAGUCGAAGCUGCGGAACCGCAUGAGCAUCAUCAUGUUGGACGCGCUGAUGAUGAUCAUCCUCAACGGCCCCGACAUGAGCGACGCCGCGGCGGUCGACGACCUCAUCGAGAAGGCCUACGACUUCUGGGCGAAGCAGGCGAAGCGGACGCCGAGCCGGAGCCACCCCGGCGUCGCGCGGCCGCGGAAGAAGACGGCCGUCGCCCAGCCCGUGCACGACGUCCUCGCGGCCGUCGAUCGCGAGGCCGCGCUCGAGGCCCGGCGGUCCGAGUUCGCGGACUGCGAGGAGUGCCACUUCGACCCCGACGACGGCGACACGGGCGACGAGGGCGCGCCGAGCGAGUCCACGGGCCCCACGAUCACGGGCGACGACCUCGUGCAGGCCGUGGGCAUCUUCCCCGGCCUCGAGGGCUACGAGGCCCUGCCGAAGCCGAGCGGCACGUCGGAGGACUGGAAGAAGGAGCUCAAGACGUUCAAGUGGCGCGGCCUCCUGCUCGCCCACGUCUUCGAGGGCGGCUGGGCGACGGGCAAGUACGUCAAGAAGGCGACGCGCCGCGAGUCGCCGAACAGCGAGGUCGGCUUCUACGUCUUCUACUACGCCGACGUCGGCCAGUACCUCGCCCACAACCUCGGCCUCGAGGAGCACGGCGACACGCGGAGCUGGCUCAUCCUCAAGCAGGCCGAGCUCGCGCGCCUCGCGUAG